GAACCCAGUGGAGAUCAGAGGAGUGGAGCGAGGUACUUGCACAACGUCAACGGCGUUAGCAAUCUCCAGGGUGAAAGUGAGAAAUGUAUUGUCAAUGGAGGCGGAGAAGGGGAAAACACAGAUAGUCUUCAGCAGAAGAAAGCCACCUCCCCUGGUAACAGUUGGAUACAGGAAGGGGUAGAUGCUUCUCAGAACGGAGCGGUGGUCACUCCUGCUGCGGGGGCAACGGCCGGGCACAGCGGCAACGUUUGCCGCCUCGCUGGAGCACAGGACCUCACAGAAAACGGCUCAAGUGGCGUCAACGGGUCCAGAGUGGAAUGCACCACCGAGACCCCUGAGGACCCCAGUCCUUCAAGGAGCACUGUCAAACCCUUGCACACAAACUCUCUGACAGGCGAUGCGGGGCAGGAGUUUUUAAUCAAGAACACGUUUUUGUAUUACCUGUUAACCUUCGGAACCGAGCUGUGCAACGAGCCGUUUUACGUCACCUUUUUCCCGUUCUUCAUCUGGAACGUGGACGCUUACGGUAGCCGGAGACUGAUCGUGGUCUGGGUUUGGGACAUGUACCUGGGCCAGAGCACCAAGGAUGUCAUUCGCUGGUCCAGGCCAGUCUCACCGCCCGUGGUCAAGGUGGAGAUGUUCUAUAAUUCUGAGUACAAUAUGCCAUCUACGCCCUUCUCACUGUUCCUGCUGACCUACGGCCGUUGGGAGGUAACGUUAAGCGCUUUUCAGACGACCAGCGGGAUAUCGCAGAGUACCCCGUCAAGUACACGGCUUGUCCCUCUAGUCAAAGCAGCUAGUGUCACUAGGGCGAGAGCCCACAGUCUAUGCGACAGCUGCAGGUGAUCAUAGCAACGAAAUAAACAAACAUUAUCAACGUGCGGAAAAAAACACGCUUUACUUAUUGUUUUCCCCCUUACUAGCUCUGACUUUGCUAAUAGCUACUUUAUUGAGGAAAAAUGUACUUACUAUGACUGUGAUAUCGGGUUGUCCCACCUAGCUAUCUUAAGAUGAAUGCACUGACUUUAAAUCGCUUUGGAUGAGAGCCUCUGCUAAAUGACUAAAAUUUAAAAAUUUAAAUUUCGCCCCCCUGCCUUCUGUGAAAAUGAAUGGGCCUCUUAGCCUUCUUUGAAAAUGGUGAACAGUGCCUUUAUUCUGUGUUAUUGGCUGACAGUAAAUCACAUGUUGCUGUUUGCUUUUUCAAUUAGGAUGAGGAAGUAUCAGAGUGCUUCCCUGCUUGGCAGUGUUUUUAUGGAACAGGCAGCUAUUGAGGACAAUGGUGUCAACAUGAAGUUUCAAAGUAAGUUUCUGGUAGUCACUAGGGCUGUGGCGGUCAUUACAUUUUGUCAGCCAGUGAUUGUCAAGAAAAUAACUGCAGAUCUGAUGGUAAUUUACUGUUAAUUAACAUGAACACAUUCAGCAUCUUGUGGCUUCCACACAAUGUUUUAUACAUUUUAAGGCAGGCUACACACUUCAUCAGUCUCUCAUUCACAAUUUGACAAGCAUUUGAUAAUGCCUCGAAUUUCCCAGCGGCAUUCCCUUUGUGUGGCUGUAAUGCCUCCUAAAAAAAUCCAUGCCUUUUACGGCCAGUGGCCGUUGUGCCGUUAGGCUGAAUAUAAUAAUUAUAAUUCCCUUCUCCCGGCUGCGUGCUCCGAAGCACCUUUCACUAACAUGGCUCUCUCAGAUAUCUCAAUUCUUAUUAGUCAAUGCCUGUUACGUGAUCGGUCCUUCUCACAGGCUAUAAUUGAAGACAGACACAUCGGGGACGCAACUGCGCGCGUCCUUAUCGAAUUCCGAGGCGCAUAUUGAAGAUGUUCGAAGAACUGUCUACGUUUACUUUUCGUCAGCCAACAAGAGGAGUAGGCCUAACGAACAGCAAAAGCACUAGCCUAUGUCAAUCUAUUAUCCCCUCAAAAACUUGACCUAUUCUAUUCUGUGCGAGAAAUAAAUAUUCCAAACAUAGUCUUGGACAGUUGUGCGAUGCGAUAGAUCCCAAAUUAAUACAACCACUAGCAUCAAAAAACCUGAGGCUGACGCAGCAGAUCAGAACAUUUAGCUUAAAAUGUUGAUAAACUAUUAGGCUAUUUCUUCACAUUAUAAGCACAGAAAUGCGCACACGGCAGUAGGCUAUAAGCAGGAAUGUUCCAAAAUGUAAUACAUCACGCAUCUAAUCAACUAGCUUGCCUGCUCUAUCCACACUGAUUGGUGAAGUAAUUUAAUGAGCUAAAUGUAAAAAACUGUUGAUUUCACAGGUUAAAAAAGGAACAGAAAGGAAUUAUAUAAACCAGUACUUUUUGGGGGUUCGAAACGGUUAAGAACUUUAUUUUGCUGGUCGGAACAGUCCAAACACACCAACACAGCCAUGAAGAGGGCACGACAACACCUCUUCACCCUCAGGAGGUUGAAAAUAUUUGGCAUGGGCCCUCAGAUCAUCAACAAAUUCUACAGCUGCACCAUUGAGAGCAUCUGGACUGGCUGCAUCACCGCUUGGAAUGGCAACUGCUUGGUAUCCGACCGCAAGGCACUACAGAGGGUAGUGCGUACGGCCCAGUUCAUCACUGGGGCCAAGCUCCCUGCCAUCCAGGAUCUCUAUACAAGGCGGUGUCAGAGAAAGGCCCUAAAAAUUGUCAAAGACUCCAGCCACCCAAGUCAUAGACUGUUCUCUCUGCUACCGCAUGGCAAAUGGUACCGAUGCACCAAGUCUGGAACCAACAGGACCCUGAACAGUUUCUGCCCACAAAGCCCUAAUAAUACAAAAUCGUUAGUUAAAUAGUUAACCAAUAGCUACCCGGACUAUCUACAUUGACUGUUUUUGCAAUAACUCUUUUGACUCAACACAUACGCUGCUGCUACUGUUUACUAUCUGGCACUUUAUUCCUAGUUAUACAAUGCAUUCGGAAAGUAUUCAGACCCCUUGAAUUUUUCCACUUUGUUACGUUACAGCCUUAUUCUAAAAUGGAUUAAAUUCAUUUUUUCCCUCAAUCUACACACAAUGCCCCAUAAUGACGAAGCAAAAACAGGUUUUUAGAAAUGUUACAUAAGUAUUCAGACCCUUUACUAUGAGACUCAAAAUUGAGCUCAGGUCCAUCCUGUUUCCUUUGAUCAUCCUUGAGAUGUUUCUACAACAUGAUUGGAGUCCACCUGUGGUAAACUCAAUUGAUUGGACAUGAUUUGGAAAGGCACAUGCCUGUCUAUAUAAGUUCCCACAGUUGACAGUGCAUGUCAGAGCAAAAACCAAGCCAUGAGGUUGAAGGAAUUGUCCGUAGAGCUCCGAGACAGGAUUGUGUCGAGGCACAGAUCUGGGGAUGGGUACCAAAAAAGUUCUGCAGCAUUGAAGGUCCCCAAGAACACGGUGGCCUCCAUCAUUCUUAAAUGGAAGAAGUUUGGAACCACCAAGACUCUUCCUAGAGUUGGCCACCCGGCCAAACUGAGCAAUCGGGGGAGAAGGGCCUUGGUCAGGGAGGUGACCAAGAACCCGAUGGUCAUACACAAGAAGACUUGAGGCUGUAAUUGCUGCCAAAGCUGCUUUAACAAAGUACUGAGUAAAGGGUCUGAAUACUUACAGUGCUAUGAAAAAGUAUUUGCCCCCUUUCUAAUUUUCUCUACUUUUGCAUAUUUGUGAUAGUGAAUGUUAUCAGAUCUUCAACCAAAACCUAAUAUUAGAUAAAGGGAACAUAAGUGAACAAAUAACACAUCAAUUACAUAUUUAUUUCAUAAACAAAGUUAUGCAACACCCAAUUCCCCUGUGUGAAAAAGUAAUUGCCCCCUUACACUCAAUAACUGGUUGUGCCACCUUUAGCUGCAAUGACUCCAACCAAAUGCUUCCUGUAGUUGUUGAUCAGUCUCUCACGUCGCUGUGGAGGAAUUUUGGCCCACUCUUCCAUGCAGAACUGCUUUAACUCAGUGACGUGUGGGUUUUCAAGCAUGAACUGCUCGUUUCAAGUCCUGCCACAACAUCUCAAUUGGGAUUAGGUCUGGACUUUGACUAGGCCAUUCCAAAACUUUCAAUUUGUUGCUUUUUAGCAAUUUUCAUGUAGACUUGAUUGUGUGUUUUGGAUCAUUGUCUUGCUGCAUGACCCAGCUGCGCUUCAGCUUCAGCUCACAGACGGAUGGUCUGACAUUCUCCUGUAGAAUUCUCUGAUACAGAGCAGAAUUCAUGGUUCCUUCUAUUAAGGCAAGUCGUCCAGGUCCUGAGGCAGCAAAGCAUCCCCAAACCAUUUUUUUUUUACAUUUUUUAGUCAUUUAGCAGACGCUCUUAUCCAGAGCGACUUACAGUUAGUGAAUACAUAUCUUUUUAUACUGGCCCCCCGUGGGAAUCGAACCCACAACCCUGGCGUUGCAAACGCCAUGCUCUAUCAACUGAGCUACAUCCCUGCCGGCCAUUCCCUCCCCUACCCUGGACGACGCUGGGCCAAUUGUGCGCCGCCCAUGAGUCUCCCGGUCGCGGCCGGCUGCGACAGAGCCUGGAUUCGAACCAGGAUCUCUAGUGGCACAGUUAGCACUGCGAUGCAGUGCCUUAGACCACUGCGCCACUCAGGAGCUAUGCCAGAGAUCCCCUCACACCACCACCACCAUGCUUGACCUUUGGUAUGAUGUUCUUACUGUGGAAUGCAGAGUUUGGUUUUCUGACAGCAUGGAGAGAGGGGGAGGGGUGAGGGGAUCUCUGGCAUGUUGGAGUAUAAAUAGUUAACUGUCCUGGUUACUGAGCCAUAGCUAGAUGAGAGGUGUUUCACCAUGGUGAAAGUGAAGAUCAAACAUCGAUAAUAACACUGACUCACACAAAUGUCCCUUAUAGCUAGAAUCCUUAAUUGAAACAAUAACAAAGCUUACUAACCACCCCUGUUUUGCUAAAAAUCUUAAGGAAUGGGGCUGGAGAAAUGUAAAACUCUGAAAUUCACAGACAGAGCUAUGGAUGCAAGGACUGACCAUCCAUGAUAUCAAAUGUAUAGUGUUAACCAUGUUUUGAGGCUAUACAGUGUUUGUUUACAUUUACGUUGUUUACAAGCUUACAUUUUUGGGUUCUGAUGGGGUACAACAGUUGAACUAAGUACAUGAGGUAUUUAUAAGUUAUAUUCUUCAUGAAUCAAUGGGUAUAUAUAAUUCAUUUAUAAGUCCAAAAAUGGAUGUAGCAACUAAGAAUUAUAGCUUUAACCUACAUGUAGUUGGACCCUGUUCAUACCGUUCUCAUUCUUUCCCAGGAAAAUAAUCACUAUAGAGAAUGAGCUGGGGUUUUAUUGGACAUGAGUCACACAAGGCUGUUGGUGUGCAUAGUCCUUGUUCUGUGGCCUCCAUGGAAUCUCACACCAAAUGGUGAAGUGAUCUGGAACGUCACCCAAAUACACAUGAGCGCAGGACAGUAUUUGUGUCAUUUUUCUGCUUGUUAAAUACUAUAGCUUGCUUCAUGACCCUUGGCCUGAUUCUGCUCAGCGGCAAGAGCUCACUGUCCUGAUGGGUUGUUCUCCUCAGCCAAUUAUGUUUCUGCACAACAUGUCACCCCACCACUUUCUGUCAACAAACGUCUUCCUCUAUUGUGGAAUUACGAAAAAAAAAAAAAAAGAAUCUGUCAACGGGAAAAAAAAGGUGUUCCAGCCGGCACUGGACCUGAUCGAUAACUUCAACCUGAAGUACUGCUACGCCCCCCUCAUCAUCAUCUCCCUGCACCUGGGAAUGGGCCUCUUCUCCUUCACCCUGGACACCUGGAGCACCCCGCGGGGCAACACCACUCAGAUCCUGGGCACCGGCGCUGGCGUGGCCUUGGCCUCCCACCUCAACCACUACCUGGGCCAGAUGCCUGACCCCCCGCUGGACCAGCUUCCCCUGUCCACACUGGCCCUCAGGACCGCCCUGCUGGCUGUGGCAAUGCUGAGGUUCUGCCUGGGCAUGCUGGUGUUGCUGGCCAACAGGGCCCUCAUGAAGGUCAUCAUCAUACAUCUGGCCUGCCGUAUCUCAGGCAUCCUAAGUGGAGACGUGAGGAAGGCCUGGCAGCACAUGGAGGUGGAGCUGCCCUACAGGUACAUCAUGUACGGCACGGUGGGCUUCAACGCUCUCUUCGUGGUGCCCCAGCUCUUAACCUUCCUGCAGCUGGCCUGA